AGCAAGGAAACCCAACUUAAGCGAAAAGCAAUAGAAUUCAAAGAGAGAGUUUCUUGUUCUGUAUUUUUUGAUUUGAUCAUUUCAAUCUUCAAUUUUUUUUUAUAUAUCCACCAAUCCGCAAAGUGCAAAUUUCUAAUCUUUCACGUAUUGGGUUCUUCUCUUUUCCCUCUUCGUCUCCGAUCGAUCCAAUUCUCUUCCCAUGGCUACGAUCGGACACAACAAUCUCAAUGCCAAAUUGGUUCUUCUCGGGGACAUGGGUGCUGGGAAAUCCAGCCUCGUUUUGCGCUUUGUCAAGGGUCAAUUUCUCGAAUUUCAGGAAUCAACAAUAGGGGCAGCGUUCUUUUCACAGACGCUGGCAGUAAAUGAUGCGACAGUGAAGUUUGAGAUUUGGGACACAGCAGGACAAGAGAGGUACCAUAGCUUGGCUCCCAUGUAUUACAGAGGCGCUGCUGCUGCUAUCAUUGUCUAUGACAUCACUAGCUCGGACUCCUUUACCCAAGCUAAGAAGUGGGUCCAAGAGCUUCAAAAACAAGGGAAUCCUAAUAUGGUCAUGGCUCUUGCUGGUAACAAAGCUGAUUUGGAAGACAAGAGGAAAGUGACAGCUGAAGAAGCACGUGUAUAUGCUGAAGAAAAUGGUUUGUUUUUCAUGGAGACCUCUGCCAAAACUGCAUCCAACGUGAAUGAUAUAUUCUAUGAAAUAGCCAAGAGGUUACCAAGGGCUCAGCCAGCUCAGAACCCAGCAGGAAUGGUUCUUGUUGACAGACCCGCCGAAGGAACUAGGGCUGCAUCAUGUUGUUCAUAAGUAUUUGAGCUGUAUUUGCACCCCCCAAUCCUUUUUAAUUAAUCAUGUUUUCUUUGGGUUGUAUGUACUACACACUUUGAUGUCACUGUUAUGUGGAGCUCCAACAAGUGGUAUGGGCUGCAAUUUACAAAACACAACAACUUGAUGGUGCAAAAUAUAUCCUUUGGAUGUGUACUUUGUCCCGUGAUUUGUUUCAUUGUUUGGGUAUAUGAGGUGAAAAGGCAUUAAUGUUAAGCUUCA